UAUGAUAUUCAAGAAACCAAAUUAGAAAGAGCAAAUUGCCAGAGUGCUAUAUAUGGAUAUAGCUAUAUAUGUAUGAUAAAUAGAUUCGUAUAGGGGAAUUAUACACACAAUAAGAUGGCCCAGUUACAUGCCAUGACCGGUGGAGAAGGUCCUCUUAGCUAUGCUCAGAACUCUUCCUACCAGAGAGCAGUAAUGGAUGUUGUGAAACCAAUCAUUGAAGAAGAGAUAACAACGAAACUAGACAUCUCACAGCUUUCUCCAAAUGACUCCUUCUGGAUUGCAGAUUUUGGCUGCUCAACAGGCCUCAACUCAUUUCUUGCCAUGCAUAUCAUCACAGAAGCCAUUCAGAAUAAAUUUCAAUCAGCAAGUUCUAUAAUUAAUUCUCAAAGCCGGGAAUUUUACGUGUUCUUUAACGACCACGUCAAGAAUGAUUUCAAUACCCUUUUCCGUUCGCUUCCACCUGAAAGGCCUUACCAGGCUGCUGGAUUGCCUGGUAGCUUUCACAAACGCCUCUUGCCGAAGGCCUCCCUUCAUUUUGCCUAUUCGUCUUGGGCCCUUCACUGGCUUUCGCAAGUGCCAAAAGCAGUGACAGACCCUACUUCUCCAGCAUGGAAUAAAGGGAAUGUUUACUGUGGGGGAGCAAGACAAGAAGUUUAUGAUGCUUAUUCAAGUCAAUAUGCCGAGGAUAUUGACUCAUUCUUGGAAGCUAGGGCACAGGAGCUGGUGAGUGGAGGGCUAAUGGCCCUUCUUGUUCCUGCAUUAAGUAUAAAGCUUGACCCAUCCUAUAAGGGGGAAAUGGUCCUUGACCACAUAGCUUCUAUCCUCAUGGACAUGGCCGAGAAGGGAAGAGUCAGUGAAGAAAAGAUAGACUCCUUCAACUUUCCGACUUAUUAUACGUUCCCAGAAGAACUCAAGGCAAUAAUAGAGAGGAAUGGUAGUUACAAUAUUGAAAGAAUGGAAGUAUUAGACAAUCCAGGGAAGUAUGCCGUCACUAGCGCCCAUGCUCAUGCCUCGGUAUACAGAGCCGUAUUUGAGGACUUGAUGACAAAUCACUUCGGAUGUGAAAUCGUUGAUGAAUUAUUCGAGACAUACAGACUAAAACUUGAAGCAUCUCCAGAUCUCCUACUUCCUGAAAAGGAUAUAUCAAUUAUAAUAUUUGUCCUUCUCAAGCGCAAACUUGAGUGAUAUCAUAACAUCAUAUAUGUAUACCUACCCCUUUUUACACAAUUAAUUUCUGUGAAUCUUGGAGCAGCUACAACCUCUUUGGUUAUCAACUACCAAGGUUACUGGAGGGGUGCUUGCAAUUUGCCCGUUCAACAAAAGCCAAUCUAGUAGGCGCACUUAAGCCCCUACAUAAGUUUUAGUUAUUGUUAGGCAAGUUAGGUGUCUAACAAUUAAUUAGAAAUAUUUGGUGUUUCAUAUUCAGAAAUUAAUUAUAUGAAC